CUGUGUCAGAUCUUCCAAAACUAGAUCAAAACACAAUACCAGUAUGUUUAAUGGAACCCAACAAACAAUUAAUCAUUAACAGAGUAGAGUAAUCCAAUCACUCUCAUUUCAUAUUUCUCUGUGUCAUAUUGAAAAGGGAAAAGAAGAAAACAGAAAGUUUAGCCAAUCUUGAAUCCCAAUCAUUAAAAGAUUAUAUGCUUUAUUGGCCUCUAAUUUCAGGGGAAAAAAGUAAACCCAUUUCCGCCCAAGACUCCGGCGGCACACCGUCGCCGGUAACGUUUCUCUCUCUUAUUUACUCAACCUCUGCUUCCUGUCAUACAUAUCCAUUUUUUAGAUUAAUAAAAAGUUGAAAGCUGGGGUGCCUAUUUUUUGUUUUUCCAAAGCACCAAGAAAAUCAAGCUUCUUCUUCCAUCGCUUACUUCACACUCCUCUUAACCUUGUACCCACCUGAAAUCUACAGCAUCUCAUCGCACCAAAGUGUGAAAGUUUGAAUCUUAGAGGAAAAGGAGCACGUGGGUAAGUGGUGCUGGGUAGAGAGCGAAACAGAAACGGUGUGUGUGCAUCAUUGUUAUGGUAUGGCUCAGCAGAGGCAAUCGGGAAUGGAGAGGCUUGGGGUGAGAGUGGGGGCCCACGAUCUGCACCACACCAACGGUUCCGGCGAUCACGUCGCUGUCGGGAUUCGGGGUGGCGCCGCUCACAAGCAGCCGCGGUCCCGGCGAUCGGCGCGAUCCGACAGGGGCACGCAACUGUCGGUGGCGGCAAUCCUUGUUUUCCUCUUCCUCGUACUUGUCGUCACUGUGCUCGUCUUCUCUUACAUUUCUAGAGACGAAAUAAGUAACAAUGGCGAUGACGGUGAUGACGGUGUUGAUUUAAAGAGUGAUCCUGAUUUUCUUACAAAUGUACCUCGGAUACAGAAGAAGAAAGUCCUUGACUUUGGGCAUGGCUCUGGAGGACAUGGUCGAGAUUCAAGAUAUUGGGAUAAGGAUGAUAGGAGAAGGGAUGGUGAUUACGAUGAGGAUAUGAUGGAGCAGACAAGUAAGGAUCCAGGAGAUGAAAUUGCUGAAGAUGAUGAUGCUGUAAAGAAGGACCACGAUACCAAGUUUUCUCACGAUGGCUUAAAGCGGAGGGGCGAUGGCUUGUAUAAUGAAGCAGGACGUCAGGAGUUGAAAAGAUAUGAAGCAGAAUAUGAGGCUUCUUUGAAGAAUCUGAGACACUCCACAGAAGUUGAUGUGAAACUGGUGCAUGACACUAACCUUGAAAAGAAAAGUGCGUCGGAUGACAUUGAUGAUGAAUAUGAUGAUUUUUUUGAUUUUAAUGAUGCUCAAUUGGAGAACUCUAGCGAUAGCAGAAAUAUGAGAGGGGAACAUUCUAAUGCCAAUGUGUUAAGCUUGGACAAUGAAGUUCAGAAACAGAAAGAAUCUAAUGAUUCUUUUGCUGAGGAAAAGAAUGAUGAUGUUACUUCUGAGGAUGUUGAAGGAGCCUCUUUCUUGAAUAAAAAAUAUCCUCAUGAGGGAAAAACAAAUUCUAAACACGAAAGUAUUUUUAAUGGACAAUCAACUAGAAAAUCACAUCCUGAAACAAAGAAGAAAGUCAGGCGUCGUAAAUUUUCAGGAUCCUGUGAGAUGAAAUUGUUAAACUCAACUUCACAGCUUGUAGAACCCCUAGAAAGUCGAAAAUUUUCAAGAUUUAACUUGCAGUACACAGAGAUGGAAGAGAAACCCCUGGGAGAAGAACAAUGGGUUCCCAGAUUUGCUGGCCAUCAGAGCUUAGAAGAGAGAGAAAGUUCAUUUUUGGCCCGUGAUCAGAAAAUAAACUGUGGUUUUGUUAAAGGUCCUGAAGGGUCUGAAAGUACUGGAUUUGACUUAACAGAAGACGAUGCAAGUUACAUCAGCAGGUGCCACAUUGCUGUGAUCUCAUGCAUAUUUGGAAAUUCUGAUCAUUUGAGGACCCCAGCCACCAAAACGGUCACUCGAUUGUCAAGGAAGAAUGUCUGCUUUGUUAUGUUUACCGAUGAAAUUACAGUUCGGACGCUCUCUUCAGAAGGGCAUGUGCCUGAUAGAAUGGGUUUCAUUGGCUUUUGGAAGUUGGUGGUGGUGAAGAAUCUACCAUAUGAUGAUAUGCGAAGAGUGGGCAAAAUACCCAAGUUAUUGCCUCAUCGACUUUUUCCUUUUGCAAGGUAUUCAAUUUGGCUGGAUAGCAAAUUACGGCUGCAGCUUGAUCCUUUACUUAUCUUGGAGUACUUUUUGUGGCGCAAGGGUUAUGAAUUUGCAAUAUCCAAUCAUUAUGAUCGGCAUUGUGUGUGGGAAGAAGUAGCACAAAACAAGAAAUUGAACAAGUAUAAUCACACAGUUAUAGAUCAGCAGUUUUCGUUUUACCGGGCUGAUGGACUUGAAAGAUUUGAUGCAUCGGAUCCAAAUAAGCUUCUUCCAAGCAAUGUACCUGAAGGUUCUUUUAUUAUUAGAGCGCACACCCCAAUGGCAAAUUUGUUUUCUUGUCUUUGGUUCAAUGAAAUCGAUCGGUUCACUCCUCGUGAUCAGCUGAGUUUUGCAUAUACAUAUCAGAAGCUGAGAAGGAUGAAUCCAGACAAACCAUUUCAUCUGAACAUGUUCAAGGACUGUGAAAGGAGACACAUAGCCAAGUUGUUCCGUCAUAGAUUGGAUGAGAAGAGGAUACAUCAUUGAAAAUGAAUACCAGAAUAAUGCCAGAUUAUAUCAACAUUUUUAUGAUAUGACAUGAUGUACUUAGCCAGUCUUGUCUGUAUCUGUUGAAGUUGUGAUUACCUGCUGAUCAUCAUCUGCUGCAGAAUGUGUUACAUGAAGAUUCAGUGACUUGUGCUCCAGCACUGGUGUUUUCCAUGAAAAUGAAGUGGUGUUUCUCAAAAUAUGAUCUACUACAGUGCUGCUGCUGUGUCACAACAUAAUUUUGUGGUUGUUUUAUAUAUUUCUUGUAUCUGUCCAUUUGUGACAUAAUUCAUUUAUGCCCUGGGAGACAACAAGCAAAGCAUCAAAUGACUCGCUCCCUCUCCACUUCCACUACCUCAUUUUUCUUUUCUAAAUUGGGAUUGUUUGUAUGUAGAAAUUUUUGCUAGGCCAUUAACACUUACCUUAGAAAUCUCACUCGUCAUUCUUAUUGUUUUAUUAUUAUUUAAACAUUUCAUUAUACUAAGCACGGAUAAGUUGUUAAAUUAAA